AGCACGGUGUUUAAAAACCAUCUUCUUGUAGAUGCCACUGCAGACGUGUCCCGGUGGAAAUGCACAGAGCACCAGGAGCUGCUGAAGAUUUACUGCAAGGAUGAUCAAGUGUGUCUGCACACUCUGCACUCUGAUCGGUAAACACAAGGACCACCGCUGUGGCAGCAUCAGUGAAGGGGAGAAGGAACUGAGGAAUCACUUACAACAUCAGCUCCAGAAGAUCCGAAAUAAUAUUGAAGCUACUCAAUUAGCUCUGAGUGAUCUUCACAAAGAGAAGAAGAAUGCACAGAGCAUGAAAAAAAUUGUACAGAUGAAAAUUAAGGCAAAAUAUGAGACACUGAGGAAGCACAUUGACAAGGAGGAGAGGAGAAUUCUGCAAUACCUGGAGAGUGAACAGAGUCAUCUGACAACAGAGAUUGAUGUCAUGAUCUGUGAGCUGGAAAAGAAAGUGAAAGAUUUUGAAAAGUCUUUUUCUGAUCUCAGUGACCUUCUGAAGCACAAUGAAGAUCUUUUGUUUAUACAGGGGCUUAACUCAAUGGCAGACAGGAUGAAGGAUGCAUCUGAACCAUUCAAAGUACAGGCUCCCAUCUCUGAUGUGGAUAUAUCUAUUGUGGAAAGGCUGGUAGAUUGGGUCCAGGAGCAGUAUGUGGCAGCAUCCCAGCCAACCCUGGGCAGGAACUUCCUGGUCAGUAUGUACGGACAGUCACCAACUCUGGAUCCUCACACAGCAUUUCCUCACCUUGUUCUGGCUGACAGUAACCGGUCUGUAUCAGGAUCAAAAUGUCAGCAACCUUACCCUGAUAGCCCAAAGAGGUUCAACUACUGGUGGCAGAUUCUGUGUACUGAGAGAUUGAGCUAUGGCCGCUGCUAUUGGGAAGUGGAGGUUGGAGGAAAUCGCCGUCGGUGGGAUAUUGGGAUGUGUUAUGACAGCCUGAGCCGGAAAGGCAUGGGUAAAGAAUGUUCACUAGGACAGAACAAGGAGUCAUGGUGUCUGUACUCAGAGCCAGGGAGCCUUGCAGCCUUGCAUGAUAACAAUGCUACUAAACUAACGGUUCAGAUGCCCACCAGAGUGGGAGUCUACGUGGACUUUGAUGCUGGAAUAAUCUCAUUUUACAGUGUGUCUGACAAGAAACUAACCCUGUUACACAACUUCCAGGAGCAAACAUUCACUAAGCCCCUCUACCCAGCUCUGGGAGUGGCUGAUUUCACAACAUCCCUGGCACUGUGCAGUCUAAAGUGA